AUGUCUCGCUGCCUCCGUCGAUGCCGCCGGUUCCACAUCUUGCGUGGUAUCCUCGCCACACUCAAAUCAACUAGCGGAUGUGGCUCCGCCGCUGGCGGCCACCACCGAGAGGAUCACUCCAUGGCCGAUACCGCUGCACCAACCGACGACGAGCCCUCCGUCAAGGUGGUGGUGAGGGUGCGGCCAAUGGUGAGCCGGCCGGUGGACGGCAAGGAUCUGUGGUUCAUCCACAGGACCGCCCCAGACUCAGUCACCGUUCGCGGUGGAUGGCGUCCUCAACGACAGGGCCUUUCAGCAAUCAUAUGUACUGCACAGGAGAUCCAAAAGAAACGAGAGGAGGGAAGGGACUCAGAACUAGAAAAGACUAAAAUUACGAUAGCUUCUCCGAUUAUUUGGGUUCUCCGCCGCGACCUCGUGGGCUCCGUCGCCCGCCCAUGUUUACAGUUGAAGCUAAAAAAAUCCUCAGAGCUUGCUAAACCAGAUAAAAUACUUGCUGGUGUACGGAUUGAUCCAAGUUCUAAUACAAGGAGUCGAAUGUUGACAGUACGUACUCUGGAGGUUGGCAUUCAACUGCGCUACCCUAAGAGGGAGAGCUGUUUUAAACCUGUUACUCUCUUCUGUGGAAGCCGUGAGGUGAUAAUUCUGCUCGAUUCUGGUAAAGCUGUUGUAAACCUGUUACUCUCUCUUCUUCUCCUUGAGAAAUCGAAAUCCUGCAAGCUUUUGUUAGCAGAACUCAACCUGAUUGCAGAAUUUCAUAUUCAUCAGAUGAACUGA